UGUAGCUGUUUGUUAAAUGUCAGAAAAACUAAAACCUUUAAAGCAGCUCUUAUUAGCAGGAAAUACAAAUGUUAACUUAUAAAGUGGUUAGCAUGCAUGCACCACAGCUAGGAGACCCCAGUUCAAUUCCACCCUCGGACAUCUCUUGUUUUCCACAUGCACGUGUGUGUUUUCUCCGGGAACUCACAUUCCCAAAAUAUGCUAGGUUAAUAUGCUACUCCAAAUUGUCCAUAGGUAUGAAUAUGAGUGUGAAUGGUUGUUUGUAUAUAUGUGCCCUGUGAUUGGCUGGCGACCAGUCCAGGGUAUACCCCGCCUCUCGCCCAAAGACAGCUGGGAUAGGCUCCAGGCAAAAGGCAACUCUUGUGAGGAUAAGUGGUAGAAAAUUAAUGAAUGAAUGAACUUAUAAAACCUAUAAAAAGUUAUCUUGUUUGAGUGAGGGAAUGAGGAUUACCACAGGAGCAUCUGAGCCAACGCGGUACUUUUAAUAGCUUGGAAUCAAUUGGCUCAUAUGACUGCUUUAAUGUCUUGCCAGGGAAGCCUUUUUACAUUCAUAACAUACUACUGUGUUGUUUUAUGAUAGUUGGCGGCAAAUAUUAGUCAAACUUUUUCUGGCACUUCUUUUUUGCUCAUGGGGAACUAGUGGAAAAACUAAUACUGCACAGGCCUCGACACAUGUUCGUACUUUACAUGAACAUCUCCAAUAAUUACAAUACAACGUUGCGGUUCCAUUAUUGCUCUUAAUGAAUAAAUUAUCCGUUUUUUGUGGUUUACUUGGUGAAAAAUAUUGAAAGACAAAGGUGUGUGAGUAUUCCGGCCGCUAGGCGUCAGUAAUGUUCCAUUAUAAGAUUACCGCCACACCAAGGGCUCUGGUUACAGUAGUCAGACAUGGCAUGUCCGACACAAUGAAAGGUUUUUGGCAUCUUUGUCCUUCUUCCCUACUCAGUUUUAAACUCUAUAAGUUUACAAUACAGUAAAAGUGGAGGCUAAAGCUCCCCAGCUUAGUUAAAACAAUGACUCCUGUGACCCUGCAGUGAUCCCGUUGCCUGUGCAUUACAUUUGGGUAAUGUGGUGUACAGGCAUCCCUCACAAUAUAGCGUUUUUUUCCCCAAAAUUAAUAAAUGACCACUGUUUUGUGCCCUAUUCAUACAAAAAUAUGAAUAUUUAAGCAAAUUGUACUUAUUCUAAGCCAAAAUUGUGCAUUUUGGAGCCUAAUCAUGUCUAAAUGGCCUAAGUAAAUGAAGAAAAAUAUAAUUAGCAUACAAAAGAAGCGUUAUAUUUGUGAUUCUAGCACUGUAGUCUACACUGAGAUUCUCUUGGAGACUCCACGUGAAAGUUUCCUGGGGAACACAUUACACAGCAGUUUUAUUCACAUCUUAUAUGGCUUAUUUACUCUUAUUUCUAGUAAAUCUACCACCUUUUUCUUUAAAUGUAUGACUUUAUUCUCGAAAGCUCAGAUAGUGUUUUUCAAUGUGGCCCUGUUACUCCGUCGAAGCAACAUACUGAGCGAUUACCUUACUCAAUAUGUAUGUAUGUAUCUGCCGCAAGAGGGCAGUGUUGUGUAAAAGACUUGUAGAAGGUUUUAGGACCAGCAAAGGUCCAAACUAUCACACACACAGUACAAGAGUGAAAUAGGAAGUAGUAAAGUGGGAGGUGUGUGCACAGCCAAGCAAAAAAGCAUGGAGGAGAACUCAUUCCUGGUCCUGGAGAACUUCAUCGGUGGAAAGUUUGUCCCCUGCUCGGCUCACAUUGACUCGUAUGACCCGUCCACAGGCCAGGUGUACUGCAAAGUGCCGGACAGUGGGAAGGAAGAGGUCGAGGCGGCAGUGCAAGCGGCCAAGGAGGCCUUCCCGGGCUGGUCCGCUCGCAGUCCAGAGCAGAGAGCUCAGGUUCUCAACAAGCUGGCCGACCUGAUCGAGGCCCAUCUGGAGGAGCUUGCUCAAGCCGAGUCCAGAGACCAAGGUAAAACCGUGACAUUUGCUCGCACGGUGGACAUUCCUCGGUCGGCGUACAACUUCCGCUUCUUUGCAUCGUCCGUGCUCCACCACACCACCGACUGCAGCCAGCUGGACCACAUGGGCUGUCUCAGCUACACCAUACGCUGCCCUGUAGGAGUGGCUGGUCUGAUCAGCCCCUGGAAUCUUCCACUUUAUCUCCUGACCUGGAAGAUUGCACCCGCCAUCGCUGUGGGCAACACGGUGGUCGCCAAACCCAGCGAGAUGACCUCAGUGACUGCCUGGAUGAUGUGCAAGCUGAUGCAGCAGGCUGGUGUUCCUCCAGGUGUGGUCAACAUCGUAUUCGGAGUGGGCUCUCGUGCGGGCGACGCCCUCGUAGGCCACCCGGACGUCCCCUUGAUCUCCUUCACGGGAUCGACCGCCACGGCCCGGCACAUCACGGAGCGCAGCGCCCCCUACUGUAAGAAGCUGUCGCUGGAGCUCGGCGGCAAAAAUCCAGCUCUCAUCUUUGCUGACGCGGACCUGGACCAGUGCAUCAAGACCACGGUCCGCUCCAGCUUCUCCAACCAGGGAGAAAUCUGCCUGUGCACCAGCAGGAUUUACGUGGAGAGGAGCAUUUACUCCACCUUCUUGGAGAAGUUUGUGGCAGCCGCCAGGAAGUGGAAGACCGGUGUGCCCUCUGACCCCGUUAACAACAACGGGGCUCUCAUCAGCAAAGAACACUUGGAGAAGGUUCGUAGCUUUGUCGCUCUGGCUAAAUCGGAAGGCGCCACCGUGCACUGCGGCGAAGGCAUGGACUACCCGGACCUCCCCGAGAGCAACAUCAACGGCUACUUCAUGGCCGCCACCGUCAUCUCGGGCGUCUCCGACAGCUCCCGCGUCAUGCAGGAGGAGAUCUUCGGCCCUGUCACUUGUGUCAGCCCCUUCGAUGGCGAGGACCAGGCGGUCGCUAAGGCCAACGGGGUGCGCUACGGGCUGGCAGCCACAGUAUGGUCCCGGGAUGUGGGGAAGGUCCAUCGCGUGGCCAGGAGGCUUCAGACGGGUCUGGUGUGGACCAACUGCUGGCUGGUGAGAGAUCUCAACCUGCCCUUUGGAGGGAUGAAGAACUCUGGCGUUGGCAGGGAAGGAGGGAGGGAUUCCUACCACUUCUUCACGGAGGUCAAGACCGUCACCAUCAAGCAAUGAUGCGAGGACACACGUAUAGAUGAGCAGAGAGGCUGGACAAAUAUGGUCAGGUGGGCGUGGCUCCUCCCCCCUUUCCAACAACUUUGAGAGACUUGAGGAUAAGCGGUACAGAAAGUGGAUGGAUGAGCUGAGUAAGGUAACAAAAAAAGCCAUUAUGAAAUGUGAGCUGCAGUACCUUUCCUCGCCACUGUGGGGCGUCAUUAUCCUUACUGUAAUAUUGCCCUGGGUAAAGUGUAUUAUGGAUACAAAUUAAAAGCUAUCUGAUUGGUUCCUCGGGGGAAAACAACUACUUUGCAAGAAUGACACACACACACACACACAAUGUGUUAUGUCAUUGCCAGGAUGCCAUCUCUCUCUGAUAAGAUGUCAAUAAAACAUUAAUGCAGGCCA